GUGAUAAAUGUAAGGAUAGCAAUCUUGAAUUCUGUUGGCUGUAUCAUGUUAUUUAUGAGUAUGAUUCCAGGAGGAUUACUUAUGAAUCUACUUCAAAUAUAGUUGUUAAAUGCAGUUCAUUUUAAGUGUUGUUCACCCUUUGCCUUGUUUAAGGUGUUUCUGCUUUUAACAUUGUAGGCGUAGUUGUUGAAUGGCAAAUACCAAGCCCCUAAAUGGUCAAUUUGUAAAGUAUGUUUAAAAUGAUGACAUCAUUUAUGUUGAGGUUACUGAGGUAUUUAUAAAACUUAUUUUAUUUAUUUUCAGGCAUGAAUCCUUAUGUUACGGAUGAUGGGAAAACAACGCUGUACCACUGUGACAAGUGCCCAGAGACAUUUUUCGACUCUUUGAAAAUGAACAGACAUAGGAAAAAUGUUCAUGGGUUGGUGAAAUUAAUAUGUAACAUGUGUGAUGCAGCUUUAUCAAACACACAUUAUCAAUUAUUUGCAAAGCAUCUAUAUUACACACAUUACUUUGAUGGUAAGGGAUGCUUCGAGUGUAACAUUUGUGGAAAGUUCCACAGCAAUGAAGAAGCCCUUAAGAGACAUCUGGUUAUUCAUGAAACGCGGACAUUUCACCAGUGUAAAAUUUGUGGCCAGACAUUUACAAUGUUGGCUAAUCUAAAAAUCCAUCAGGAACUUUAUGGGGACAAACCACAUGUUGCUAGAAAGCGUACCGAUAACCUGAAGAAGUCACACCAGUGUGUUCAUUGUGGAUUGAAGUUUGCCCGUGAUGCCCAUGUGAAGCGUCACAUUCUUACCCAGCAUUCAAAUGCAGAAGUUGUCGAAGCAGUCAGACAGGAAGAAAGAAAGCGUAUAAAUGUACAUAGAGACAAAAGAGCAGUUUUCUCUAAACGUCACUUUCCUGGUUAUAUGCCAAAACCAGAGGGAGAGACCUCAUCUCAAGGAAGAGCAAGAAGAAAGGCAAAUAAGAAGAUAAAAAUGGCUGCUAAAGCUGCAAUAGAAGAAGCACGAGAGGCUAAUGCUCGUUCAUUGGCAUACAAGCAAAACUUAUUGGAAAAACAACGAAAGAACAAUCCUCCACCCUCUUCUGCCCAUCAACCUCCUGCCCAGCCACCUCACCAACCUCAGUCUCUACCCUCUCCUUUGCCUACCCAGGUGCCUUUACAAAGACCAAUGCCACCACCCAUGCACCAGCUGCCUCAUGAUAUGCCUCCAGUAUCCAUGCCUAUCCCACCAGCGUCCAUGCCUCCACCUACACAUUCUCACUCCCAUCCAUAUUCACAUUCGCAACCAGGUGGUCUCCCACCACCAAAUCCCAUGCAUAACCAGAUAUCAAUUCCCAUGCAUUCUCAGAGACCUGGACCAGCACAUGCCCACUCUCAAAGUUCUGGGAUGCAUGUCAAUAUGGAACAAUAUUAUGGAGGAGGUUCAGCUACCAGGGACAUAUUCAACUACUUCAAGUUAUGAAAACUGUAGGCUUCAUGUUGAAGCAAAAUGAUAUUCAUGUGCCACAAUAAUUGAUUUAUCCAUCCUUAAAUUGAAUGUCAAGAAAUUAUGUGAUGCAUUGGUAAUAUUUGUUUGGCAGUAUUUAAGGAAGGAUAUUAUUUACAAGGGAAAAUCUUGCAGCUUAAAUGUGGAUGAGAUAAUUAUUGAGAUAAACCAUAGAUCUAAAAUCACAAACUGAUUUUGAUUAAAUUUAUGUAUUGUUAUUACGUAUUGUAUUGUUGUUAAGUGAUUAGUAGGAUUUUAUGUCUCUCGCAUCUUCCAAAUUGUUUUUGAGAGUAUUCAGUAUUUACUAGAGAAAAUAUUGAAAAGUGUAUCUCGAAGACAUACUGCUAUUGAUGUUAAACAGUGGAUCUUGAAGCAACGCUAUAGUGCACAGUGUCAUGAAAACAAUUUUCAAAACCAAAAGUUGAAUUGGUAAUACGAUUUUUAAUGAUAAAGGAUAAUUGUAAUUUCACAUUUAUUUUAUUGAACUUUAUAACAUUUUUAUGUGUGAUGUAACUAGUAACUUGUGUAGCUUGUUAUGUAGGCAAAUGUCUGUUGUGGCUGUCUAAUCGUUGGUUAGGUUAUUAUCAAAUUGCUCUGCCCAUUCCGAUUGUUCAGUGAUAUACCAUAUUAUAAAAGUAACAAUGAAACAGUUUGCAGUCUGCGGUGGACCAUUUGAAACCAGUUUGAAACCAUUAACAUUGUCAAUGAGUAUUCUGAUUGAUUAUAAAGAAUGGGGGAGUUUGAAAUAUAUAUGUGUUUAUAUAUUAUAAUGUAUGUGUGCAUGCAAAUUAUAUUUAACCAUUAGGGUACAAUAUAUUAGAACAUAUUUAAUCUCUCAUAGUUGUAGUCAGGGAAGGAAACUAAACAUCCUGAACUUCCUCCGAAUAUAGAACUACACAAAGCAUUAAUAUGCAAAAUGUCAUCUACCAUUUGUUACAGAUGCCAACCACCAAACAUCAACCAUCGAACACCAACCACUGAACACAACCACCAUUCACAAUAAGGUUUUAGACUAAAACAAUAUAUGUAACCACUUGUGGUUGUGACAUGAUUUUAACCUAUGUUAGAUGUAUAUUUGGGGGAUGUUUCAAUGAUAUGAAUCUUGCAUCAAGUCUCUGGAUCUCAACCUCACAGCCCUUUCUAUUUCACCACAUUGCAGAGGUGAAGGUUGUAGGAGGGUCACAAGAGCUUGAUUCCAGAUAACAAACAAUUCUUAAACAAAAGUAGGUGUAUAUUCUGUAGGUGUAGUUUUUACAUAUCAUUACUUUGUCAUCUGAGGAGUGGAUGUUACAUGAGGAGUAGAUGAUAAAUUAAAGUUAAAAAGUGUCAAGAUUUUCACUGAUUAACCAUAUUAUUGCUUUAUUGAAAUUUCUGAUUCUGAUGUCAAAAGGAAAGAUGUCCACCCUUAUGAAAUUAGUAUUCAUCUUUUAGUAUUCACAUUCAACAAGAUUGAAUGAAUAACUUAAACUUUGAAAUUAUUAAACGUUCAUUCAAUCUUAUUAAUCUUACAUGUAAAGUAUCAGUGGAACUAGUCCAAUACUUCAAAAGUUUGAUUGAUUUAGAGCUUUUCAGAAUGAAAUUAGUGUGAUUCAGCAAUAUAACUACUGAAAAUGAAUCAAUAGAAAUUGAAUAUUAAACUUGAAAGUGUUUAAUAAAUGUAGUAUUACUUCAAUUAUAAUUGUUGUGUUCAUUGUUUAAAUGAAUGGGCCAAUUAAUUUCAAGAAGUUUGCAAAAAGAACAUAAUAUACAAUAAUUGACCAUGAUGAGCAAUGCUUUUCACAUGGUAAACCGGGCUGAAUGGAUUAUUUGAUUUAUUAUCUUUGACCUAUACCUAUAGGUUUACUACUGACACUUGCUCCAAAUGGUCUACAA